AUGGAGGGAGCGAUGCAGCCCGCGGACGGAGGAGGGCCCUGCGCCCCGAAGAUGUGCCGACAACAACAACAACAACAACAACGGGGUCCGUACAGCACCCUGAAAACCUUCCAGAGCAAGCGCUCCGCGGGCAAGUCGCGCGUUGACAGGUCCGCUGCGGUCGAGCUGCCUCUGUUUGGCGACGGACAUCACUUCACUUUCCAUCCCGAGCAGCCUCAUCGUUUCCAGCCCCAUCACCACCACCAGCAGCAGCAGCAGCAGCAGCAGCAGCAGCGUCUGCAGCAGCUCCACCAAACCAGCGUCGCUAUCAGCAGCAGUCAGCAGCAUCACCCGACUGCUCAGCAGCAGCAGGAUCAUUUCCCCUGUGAGAACAGGCCCAGCAGCAGGGUCCCGACAUCCACCUCAGCGGCGGCGGCAGCAGCAUCAUCUCCUGGUACCCAGCAGCAGCAGCGGGGCGGCGGCAGAGCGGGGCCCCGAUUCUCCCCAGACUGCACCUACGGCAUCAGCUCAGAGAAUCGGCUCAUCCUGGAUGCCUUCGCCCAGCAGUGUAGCCGAGUCCUCAGUCUCCUCAACAACGGUCGUCUCUUGGAGCCCUCCUCCUCCACCUCCUCCUCCACCUUCACGUCCAACAUCAAGCUGGAAGGCGGGGCAGGGGAGGCACAGGGUGUUCACUGCUCCUCGCUGCUGAAGUCCAAACCCGAAGAGAGCUCUUCCACCACGGACCCAGAAGAGGAGGCCCAACAAAGCCAUUUGAACCAACAACAGACCUCUGCCGUUCUCCGCAUCUUCACAGACUCCCUCCAGAACUAUCUGCUCUCAGGGCCUCAGCAGCAGCAGCAUCUGGCUGCCGGUCUGGACGCUGAGAAGUGUCCGUCGGCGGAGCCCGGCUCAGGGGCGUCUCCUCCAAGACACAACCCGGGCGGCUGGGGCUCGCCCACUCCGUCGGAGUCGUACGGCCACCCGUCGUCCACGUUGCCCGAGGAGGAAGAGGAGGAGGAGAGCUGCUGCCCACGCUGCCUGGAGUUGGAGCAGGAGGUGCUGUCUCUGCAGCAGGAGAACGAGGAGCUCCGCAACAAGCUGGAAAAUGUCCCAGUUCCCUGUCAAAACGCCCUCGACUACUUCAAAACUGUUCUUGAGUUUCACAACCAGCUGGUCCAGCCGAUGCCGGAGGAGCAGCUCACCGAGGAAGAAGAACGGCAAACAGUCUUUGAGGGCAGCAAACAGCUGCUGGAGAACUAUCCUCUCUUCAUCUCUAAUAAGCAGUGGGACGAAGCCGUCAACUCCUCCAAGAAAGAUGGCAGGCGGCUGCUGCGCUACCUGAUUCGCUUCGUCUUCACCACAGACGAGCUCAAGUUCUCCUGCGGUUUGGGCAAAAGGAAGCGUUCGGUCCACUCGGGAGAUCCAGGCCUGGAGAGACGACCGCUCAACCCCGUCAAAGUCAGCUGCCUCAGAGAGUUCAUCCGGAUGCACUGUGCCUCAAACCCAGACUGGUGGAUGCCGUCAGAGGAGCAGAUCAACAAGGUGUUCAGCGACGCCGUCGGCCACGCCCGUCAGGGCCGAGCGGUCGGUACGUUCCUGGGCAGCAGCGGCAGCAGCACCAGCAGCCUCUACAUGGACGGCUUUGAUGGACAUCUGUCCCAGGAUGAACUGUAUCUGAAAGGCUGCCAGAACGGCCAGUCGGACUGA